AUGUGGUGGUGGGAUGAUACUCUUAUGCCCGAUUUGGAGCCAUGGUGGAAGGAGAGCAAAAAAUUCAAUGGCACUCUCGACUUUCUAUUUCUAUGGAAGUUGAGUUUUAUGAAGUCAAAAUUGAAAGAAUGGAAUGCAUCCAAUUUCCAAAACAUAUUCGUGGAGAAGGUCCGGGUUGAGGGAGAAUUGGAAAGACUUAAUGAAAGAAUUAUAGCAUUUGGUAUAGAGGAUCAUGAAUUCAAAGAUGAAAAAUCCCUUAAGUCUGAACUAUCAAAAUUAUUAGCGAGAGUAGAAAAUUAUUGGAAGGACAAGGCUCGAGAGUCAUGGCUUAGGGAAGGAGACUUGGACACAGGAUAUUUUCAUGCCUCAGUUAAAUCCUGCAGGAACAUGAAUGAAAUUGAUAGGGUUAGAAACAACAUGGGAGAUUGGUGUAUAGAGGAAGAUGAAAUUGGAGCAGAGGCGGUCAAGUUCUUCGAAUUAGUCUUGUGCAAUGCUAUUUUGAAGGACAACUUGGAGCAAAAUAGAGUGCUUGAAGAAAUCCUAGAGUUAGUCUCGAAUAUGGACAAUGAAAUAUUGAAUGCAAUUUUUUCUCGGGAAGAGAUUAAGGAGGCAGUUUUCCAGCUUCAUCCUAAUAAGGAUUCGGGUCCUGAUGGUUUCCAGACUGGAUUUUAUCAAAGAUGUUGGGAUUUCAUGGGUGAAGAUAUUUUUAAAUUGGUGGAAGACAUUCGGGCUCGUAAAAAUGUGUUAAGAACAUGA